AAUGAUGAAUUCAAUAUUCAAGUUCCUGACAGUUCACCUCAAAGAAAGAGAUCAAGCAAGGUCUCAUCUGAGCUAGAUUCUUCACCUCCAGCAAAAAUUACUACCAAGCUUCCUAGUUUACGUGAAAAAUUUGCAUUCAAAGAAGAAAACGGGCUCAAACCAGAGCCUUCUGAUUUCAAAACAGACUACCUUGAGCUCAAGCGUGUUUUUCCAAAACUUGCUGCAUCUACAAUAAUUUCAGCCUUAAAAUCACAAAAAACACUUCGAAAUUCGAUACACUACUUGAAAUCAAUAUCAUCCACAAUAGAAGAAAAAAAGAGAAAACAAAUUGAACAGGAGCAAGCCCUGGCCCGAAAGAAGGCGAAAGAGGAAGAUAUUGUUUCUUCUAAGGUUCUUUUGAAUAAAACCAGUAAAAGUAUCAAAGACAGAUACGUCUCAAGACAAACUCCGCUCAAAAAUGCAGAAGACGAAGAAAAUUUGCUAAAUGACGAAAACGAAGAAGAUGAUAAUGACGAUUUUGCUCUACCUGAAUUUGAAGUAGAUGAGGAUGCAGAUCUUGAUGUGGAUGAGAAAAUUGUCAAGCUUUUCAACAACGCAGAGAUAAGAGAUAUCAUUGAUUUGAGUAAUAUGAAACCCGAGCAGGCCACAAUAGUGAUAAAGAACAGACCUUAUCGUACUUUGAGUGAUAUUUAUAAACUUGAUUUAGCACCAGAGAAAAAGACGUCCAGAGUUUACAAGAAGCCCAUUGAAAGAUUUGUUGAUACGAUAAGUCAAAAGCUUUUAGCAUAUAGUGCCAUUGACACACUAUUGAAACAGUGCUUUGACUACAGUAGAUCCAUCACUAAAGAAAUCAAAAAAUGGGGAGUUAAUUUGAAGGGUGAAAAUAUGAAGGGUGAGUUAUCUAUCACUAAUGUUGAAGUAUCAAGCGAAGAAAAUGGUGAGGGAACAAACAAUGAGAACAGCUCUAAUAGUGAUGAUGACACUGACGAGCCUAUAGUUAAGAAGUCUAUAUUGAAAAAGAAAUUCAAGUUUGACGGAUCCGAAAAUGAUGAUGAUUACAAUUAUUCCGGUAGAAAAAAGAUCUACAGAUCUGGAAUAGAUAAUCAUACAGUAAAGGAUAAAAUCGGUUAUUUCAAAAGGAAACCUGAAAUGCUGUCUGAUGACAUAACUUUGAAAGACUAUCAACAGGUUGGCAUCAAUUGGAUAAACCUGCUUUUUCAAAAGCAGUUGUCUUGCAUUCUUGCAGAUGAGAUGGGUUUGGGAAAAACGGCCCAGGUCAUUGCAUUUUUAUCCCAUUUGAAAGAAAAACGUUAUUUAGGCCCACACCUAAUUGUUGUUCCAUCAUCUACAUUAGAGAACUGGUUACGAGAAUUUGAAAAGUUUUCCCCCUCGUUGAAGGUCAUCCCCUAUUAUGGUUCAUUAGAUGAACGUGAAGAGCUAAGAUCUGUUCUUGUAGAGGAUGAAUAUGACGUUGUGGUGACAACCUAUAAUUUGACAACUGGUAAAAUUGACGCUCCAUUUUUGCAAAUGCUUGAUUUCAAUGUAAUUGUCUACGAUGAGGGUCAUAUGCUUAAAAAUGCAACCAGUGAUCGAUACAAAAAGUUGACCAGGCUCAAAGCUAACUUUCGUUUGCUACUCACUGGGACACCACUUCAAAACAAUUUGAGAGAGUUGGUUUCCUUACUUGACUUCAUCCUACCUGAAAUUUUUGAUUCCAAACUUUCAAAGCUUGAACUGCUAUUUGACCAAAAAGCAACUACAAAAACAGAAAAUCACAAAAUUGAAGGUGAGGCAUAUAACCCAUUGAUGUCAGAGCAGGCUAUCAAUAAAGCUAAAGUUAUGAUGUCUCCAUUUAUCUUGCGCAGAACUAAAGCGCAAGUCAUGAAGGAUUUACCACAAAAGCAUACUUCCAUUGAGUAUUGUGUGCUAACUCCAUCCCAGAAAAAGAUAUACGAUGAAGAGCUGAAAUCGAUCGAUGAUGUGAGGCAGGAAAAGGCUAAACGUAAAGAUUUGAAUGAAAAAGAGCUUAAAAAGCUUCCUCCUUUGGUGAAUAGAGGCAGUAAUCUUUUGAUGAUGCUCAGAAAGGCUUGCAUGCAUCCACUUUUGUUUAGAAGAAAUUACACGGAUCCUAUGUUAAGAGUUAUGUCUAAACUGAUUAUGAAACAUCCUGCUUACGCAGAUGCUAAUCAGCAGUACAUCUUUGAGGAUUUUCAAGUUAUGACUGAUUUUGAAAUUACUCAGUUAUGCCAUAGUUAUCCUAAUGAGCUAGGUAAAUUUGUUUUGAAGCAAAAGAUAUACGAGGACAGUGGAAAGGUCAAAGUUUUAGUUGACAUGCUUACUAAAACCAUCGGGCGUGGUGAAAAAGUGUUAGUUUUUUCUUUGUUCACCCAAAUGCUAGAUAUCCUUGAAAAGGUGCUCUCUUUACAUAACUGGAAAUUUUUGAGGCUAGAUGGUGCUACAGCUGUUGAAACUAGGCAGUCAAUAAUUGACAAAUUUUACGAAGACAAAAGCAUUCCUGUGAUGCUAUUGAGUACUAAAGCUGGAGGUUUUGGUAUCAAUUUAGUAUGUGCCACAAAUGUCAUCAUAUUUGAUCAAUCAUUGAACCCUCACGAUGAUAAGCAAGCAGAAGACCGUGCACAUAGAGUUGGACAAACAGAAGAAGUACACGUCACUAGACUAAUUACAAAAGGUUCGAUUGAGGAGAAUAUUUUACACUUAGCAUUCAAUAAGCUACAGUUGGAUAAUUCUAUGAUGGCACAAAAGGUCGAAGAUAUUUUACUGAAAACUGUUGAAGAUAUACUU